CACAGUGGCACCAUGACGCUCCACACAUAUUUCAUAGUAACUUUAAUUUUGGGUUUGUUUUUACAUGCUCAAGGUGGCAGUGCAGAUCAGCAUGCUCCUGUUGUUCAAACUUCUCUGGGCAUCUUGAAAGGUGGUUAUGUGACAGUGAAAGGCAAAGAGACUGGAGCACAUGCCUUUUUAGGAGUCCCGUUUGCUAAGCCGCCUGUGGGCCCAGCUCUUAGAUUUGCUCCACCUCAGCCUGUAGAAAAAUGGAGUGGAGUGAAAGAUGCAACUGAACAACCUCCCAUGUGUGUUCAGAAUAAAGCAGUGUUGAAAAAUCUUGCCUCCAAACUAGGCAUUAAAGUAGAAACUCCAGACAUUUCAGAGGACUGCCUUUACCUCAACAUUUACACUCCUGCAAACAGAGAUUCUGACGCCAAGCUCCCUGUUAUGGUUUGGAUCCAUGGAGGAAGAUUUCUUUCAGGUGCAGCUUCUGCAUAUGAUGGUUCUGCGUUGGCUGCGUAUGAAGAUGUGGUGGUCGUGUUGAUACAGUAUCGCUUAGGACUUCUGGGAUUUCUCAGCACUGGAGAGAAAGACAUGGCUGGAAACUUUGGUCUUUUGGAUCAGGUGGAGGCUCUGAAGUGGGUGCAGCAGCACAUCCACAAUUUUGGUGGGAACCCAGAUCAAGUCACUAUAUUUGGGGAGUCCGCUGGAGGAAUGAGCGUGUCUUUUCUGUUCCUUUCACCUUUGUCAAAUGGACUGUUCCAUGGUGGAAUUUCAGGGAGUGGCACAGCUGUAAUCUUUGAUGAUUUGCAAAUAGAUCCUCUUAUCACCGCAACGUUGGCAGCAAACAUGUCUGGCUGCAGCCUUGAAAGUCCUGAAAUUAUUGGUAACUGCAUGAAAAAUGUUGAUCUACAAAAACUAGUGCCACUCACAGAGGUACCGGGCCUGGGACCUAGAAUAACAGUUGAUGGACUUUUCUUGACCAAACCUGUACAUGAACUGUUUACUAACCAUGAGCUACUAAAUAUUCCUUUUAUGACUGGUAUAACAAGCGACGAAUGUGGCUGGCUACUCCCCAGCUAUUUGGCACCUAAGAGCUGGACAGAGGGAAUGACUCGGGAUGAAGUGAAAGGCGUAUUGUCCAUCUUCUACGCCGAUGAACCUAAAGAUGUAGCUCUGAACUUGAUCAUAGAUGAAUACACAGGAAAAAGCGAGGAUCCCAAAAUACUCCGGACGGCCUUCACUGAUAUUCUUGCAGAUUUAACUUUCACCAUUCCUGCGCUGAAAACUGCAAACGCUCAUACAGAGGUUGGAGCUCCUGUGUAUGUUUAUGAAUACAACUUUGUCCCUCGGAGGAUCAAGAAAACGAGGCCAGAGUUUGUCGGAGCAGACCACGCAGACGAUCUCUUUACUGUGUGUGGAUUCUGCUUUACAACUACUCAUGUCAAACUAAUGGAAGAAUGCUCAAAAGAGGAGGAAAACGUCACCCGAACUGUCAUGAAAUACUGGGCAAACUUUGCUCGCACUGGGUCUCCAAACGGGGAUGGCCUGGUGCACUGGCCACAGUAUGGACAAAAGGAGAACUACCUGUUUAUUGAUGCGGAGCAGGUGGUCCGUCAGCAGCUGAGGAAGGAGAGAUUUGUGUUCUUGACUCAGACUCUUCCAAAGAUGUUGGAGAAGCUCAAGAUAAAUGACCACAUGGAGUUAUAAAGCAACUGGACACGCACAGAAAAAAUCAUUUAAAAUAACUAAUCAUCUGUGUGAACACACUGAUCACGUUAAUGGUUUCUCACAAUAAUUAUCAACAACGAGCAAGGAGGGAAACAGAUAUCAAUAUGCAGCACUUUAACUUUACUAAUCUUAGUAAUUGUUCAAUUUCCAGAUGACACUUACAUCACUACGUCUCAUAGGAAAAGUGUCCCAUUUUCACGAUCCAUUGACAAACCUUUUAAACAAAACAUAUGUAACCGGUUCAUAUAUAUGUAUAAUUAAUGUAUAAUUACACAAAAUGCUGCUUUUGUUUGUCACAGUUUUGUCCAUACCUGGUGUUUUGAUUUUAUGUGCAGCCUUGGUCCUCCAGCCGCUUCUUCUUUGUUUUUCUUUCUUCUUCGUGUGUCCUUUGCUCCUGGUAUAAAUUCAGGGUUUGACUCCCGCCUCUUCCCUUUGCAAACUGGUAUUGAGAAGAGGUCAGUCAUUCAUUGUAAUCCCAAGUGUCCUCUUUUAAUUGUCUUUUAUUAUUUGUCUUUUGUUUACAUCUGGGGUUAUAUUUUAUUUGUAUUUAAGGUAAUAUUGAUCUACUGUGUUGUUUCGUUGUUUUUGUUUGUUCAUGUGAGCAAGUGCGGGAAGAUGUUGAUAUUCUCUAUUGUCUUUUGUUGUGUAGUGUGGGCUGGGCCGAUGUGUAGCGGCACGUGUUGAUAAAGUUUUAUACUUUUUAUGAAACAGAUUAAAGGCGAUUCAAAAGU